AUGGUUCCCGGCGGGGAAGUCGUCCCUGUCCCCUUCUUACUCGUCGUCGUCUCUGUUUCUGGCUUCAGGGGAGGAAGAAACAGAGGAAGCAGGUUCCCAUGUGGAAAGGAUCGAAGCGGCGGUGGAGGUUGGGUGGGUAGGGUAUUAGGUUUUUUAUUUUUUUAUUUUUUAAUGAAUGUAAUAAUGAGG